UUAGGGUUUGUUGGGAUUAGGAGAUAAGAGAAAAUGAAGCAAGUAGUAGGAAUGGUGGUUUCAAAUAAAAUGCAAAAGUCGGUUGUGGUGGCAGUGGAUAGAUUAUUUCACCACACGGUGUUCAACAGAUAUGUUAAGCGCACUUCAAAGUUCAUGGCUCACGACGAGAACAAUCUUUGUAAUAUCGGUGACCGGGUUCGAUUGGAUUCUUCUAGGCCUUUGAGCAAGCGUAAACAUUGGGAGGUUGCUGAAAUUCUCAAGAAAGCACGCAUAUAUGUUCCUCCUUCUGCACCGGUGUCUGAGAAUGUGAGCUCCGGAGGACCUACAUCUACAUCAUGAAUUGGUUAAAGGGUCCUGGUGGAAGACCUGGCUUUGGUCGUGGUUCUGGUGGCUUUGGAGCACCAACAAGUUCAAACCAUGCUUAAAUGUUAUGAUUUCUGAUCCAGUUCAUGCAGUUUUGGCUGUCUUUAGAUCCUAUAGUAUUUCCCCCUCCUCUCAAAGUUGUUUAAUCCCUCUGACAUUUUAAUUUAUAGUUAUUCAUGCAAUGAAGAUUUUGAACUGAA